AUGGGCUGUAGGUGGCAGCAAGAGUGGGCUAGGAAGGUUGGAAGAUCUACCUCUAUUGUUCCCACUAAGACAAUUGUGGAUUCGUCAAUAAAGAAUGGAAGAAGUCUAGCCUCGGUCCCUCAAGAAGAUGCCAUUUUACCGUUCCUUGAUCAAUGGGAUGCUUCCUUAUCUUUAGCGGAGCCUUCUACUUGCCUUUCUAUUUCCUCCCCCAUGGCAGGAGCAUUGCAAGAUCCUGGAACCGAGGCCCUACUUCAGUCCUACAAAGAUUGA